AUUCAAAAGACAACCCACCAUGUUUAAACGGUGGCUGCUGGCCCUGACGGCCCGCAUUGGCCUCAUCGUGGCAGGUCUAUGCUGCUGUCUGUCGCUGUUCUACCUCCUGGCCUGUAAACCUGCGUCUCGCCGCAGCCAGCAGUCUUUGCUGUGGUCUGGAGGGGCGACCAGCAAGGAGGGAUACAUGGCCUUGUUGCAGGAGAGAGAGGACUCUCAUAGACACUACAUCAACAGCCUGACAAAGCAGAUAGCCCAGCUGAAGGAGGCUCUGCAGGAGAGGACGCAGCAGCUGCAGGAGUCCCUGGAUAAAGCCAAAACCAAAGGGAUUCUGCCCCAGGGUCUGGAGAGUCUGCACAAAACCCCGACACAGUCUGACCUGAAGGAGUUCUUCCGCUCCCAGCUGAACCAGGCGGAGGUCAACUCCGGUACGAAGCUGUCCAGCGAAUACGCAGUGAUUCCGUUUGACACUUUAACUCUGCACAGGGUGUACCAGCUGGAGACGGGGCUGACCAGGCACCCUGAGGAGAGGCCUGUGAGGAGAGACCGCAGGGACGAGCUGAUAGGCACCGUGGAGACGGCUCUGCACGUCCUGAACGGACCUCAGCAGCACACGGACAACACCAGGCGCAAACGCACGUACUCCCCCUCAGACUUCAUAGAGGGGCUGACUCGUACAGAGCGGGACAGAGGAACCGUCUAUGAGCUGAUGUUUAAAGGCGACGGGCCGCAGGAGUUCACGCAGCUCGUGCUCUUCAGACCAUUCGGCCCCGUGAUGAAGGUGAAGAGCGAGAGUGUGGACACUCGGAGCAUCAUCAUCAACAUCAUUGUUCCUCUGUCCAAGAGGCCGGACGCAUUCAGGCAGUUCAUCAACAACUUCAGAGAAGUUUGCAUCAAGCAGGACGGACGGGUCCAUCUCACUGUCGUCUACUUUGGUCGGGAUCAGAUAGACCAAGUGAAAGCUGUGCUGGACCAGACCACCAGAGAGACUCGGUUCAGGAGCUUCACUCUCAUCCAGCUGAACGAGGAGUUUUCUCGUGGUCGAGGCUUGGACGUGGGCGCCAGGGCCUGGAGGCGGAGUCAGAAUGUCUUGCUCUUCUUCUGUGAUGUUGACAUCCACUUCACAGCUGACUUCUUAACGUCCUGUCGUCUCAAGGCAGAGCCUGGUAAGAAAGUGUAUUACCCAGUUCUCUUCAGUCAGUACAACCCAUCUAUCAUCUACAGCAAUCACACACUUCUCCCCUCUAUUCAACAGCAGCUGGUGAUAAGGAAGGAAACAGGAUUCUGGAGAGACUUUGGGUUUGGCAUGACAUGUCAGUACAGGUCUGAUUUCAUCAACAUAGGCGGCUUUGACCGUAACAUUAAAGGUUGGGGGUUGGAGGACGUGCACCUGUACAGGAAGUACCUCCACAGUAAGCUGAUGGUGAUUCGCUCUCCGUCUCGAGGCCUUUUCCAUCUGUGGCAUGAGAAGAACUGUGCGGACGAGCUUCCUCCUGACAAGUACAAGAUGUGCAUGCAGACCAAAGCCAUGAGCGAAGCCUCGCACAGCCAGCUGGGGGAGCUCUUCUUCAAAUCAGAGAUAGAUGCUCAUCUGAACUCCAAGAAGCAGCAGAAGUGAGGAGCACAACGAGGAGCACAACGAGGAGCACAACGAGGAGCACAACGAGGAGGACAAUGAGGACUGACUCAGAGAUUGUGAUGAUUUACAUGUAUGUCAUGGUUUUCAUGAUAAUUUAUGUAAUCAUGACAGGGAACAGGAAGAGGUCAGAGAUUUGUUCUAAUUAUUUAUAUCAGUGAGAACAAAAAGGUUCAGUGACUUGACAUCACAAUAAAGUGUGUUUGAUUUCAUUUUAUUUGUAUGAAUAAAAGUAUGGACAGUGGGA